CCCAUCAGCCGUGCGCAUGACUUAUUCUACUUAUCCGGAUAUGUGAGCUACCUUAACAGCAACUAAAAAAAUAAACAUUACAUUACCUGUAAGGAUCUAACUUUGGGAUAGUCCAUUUUAUGAAAACCUGUAUUUAAGAAGAUACAUUCUGACUAAACAGUAAAAGGUGAAUUGGACAUUCAUAGUUUAGAAAGAUGAUGGUUCUUUUUCACAUUAUACUUUUCUUUACGGUAGUAAGGAUAGACAAAACUUUAGGAGAUUACUGCACUUAUUCUCAGACGCGAUAUGUGCGGACAUACAAGCAUUGUGGAUUAUGGGGCUGGGGUAGAUGUACCACAUACAGACCCUAUCAACAUUAUUACCAGGAUUGUUGUAGCGGCUGGACGGGUAACCAGUGUUCGACACCCAUAUGCAACAAUCCAUGCGCGAAUGGUGGAACUUGCAUUGGUCCUGACAAUUGCAAAUGUCCGUCCGCAUUUUCAGGAGAACAAUGUACCACAAAGUUAUGUUCACACGUUGCCCCAUGUUACCCUGGAACAUGUAGCUACCCACAUCAAUGCAACUGUUUUAAUGGUUUUAGGGAUUCAGGCAGGGGUUGCCUUUCAUUUUCAAGUGCAAACAACCCUCCCGUCAUAACCGAAUGUGAAAUAACAUUAGCAAAAAUACGAAGAAUCGAUCAGAAACAACAAUUCUAUUACAGCAUGCCAUGUUCAGAUAGUAAUGGAACCGAUACAGUUUGGUGUAAUCAGCAAUUAUUUAACUAUGCACAUUUUUCUAUGAAAUCUAAAUACCCACCAAUACCUAACUUGCCACCAGCACCGUCUUAUGUUUCUCGACACGCCUUUGGGAUAGUUUACAGUGGAAUACAUGUAAAGCACACAAAAUUUCCCAGGCCUGACGAUAACAACCGACGGCAUGUUGCUUUCAAUAUGACCUACACUUGCAAAGAAAUAUCCGACAGAUCUCCAGCGAUAAGUACUGUCCCAUGUAACAAAACUGAAGAAAAUUACAAGAUUAAUAUUGAACAUGACGACUUCUUUACCGUGACAUAUUCUACUAAGAGCGGGGGAUACCGGCAGUUAUAUGACAGGGAUACAGGUAGGGAUUACUCAAGGCAGAUAUACAACGGACAAACCACCAGCAAAACUAUUCAGUUCAAGUUUGAUUUCAUAGCACCGAUUCAUUGUUCUGAGCCUUAUUCCCAAACUAAAUGUAAUAACGGAGAAAAACCGAUCGAUGUUGGAGAGGACAUAACAAAGAAUCCGAUUCAACUUCGUUGGGAUGGCUGGUCGGACAAGUUGUCCGGAAUUGCUUACUACUACCUUGAGAUCUUUAAGCUGGAACCAAAUAUUAAUGGCUACCUUACAGAACUUGAGCCAUUAAAACCUAUAUAUUCAUUUAAGACGAAUAAAACAUCAUCUAUAAAUUUUCCAACAUAUUACCCUCCACAAACUGGGAUGUAUUCAAUUCUCCUGCAAGCGUCCGACAAGGCGAACAAUUCAAAAAUUGCUCGGCGACUGGUUCUAUAUGACAAUGAUUCAAUGAUAACACUAACAAAACCCGGCUUUAUUUCGGAUAAGCCUAUGAAAGUGUCAGAAAUGUCAUUAGGUGAUGGUGGUAUGCACAUUACAAGUGCAAUACCGGAAACUGGUUACAUGUGGCAGACCUCUAAAAAUGGAACAAAAACCCGCAUCGUAUUGAACUGGGAAAAUCACUUCGUGAACAAGAUAUAUGAGGAUGAAAAGUUGUUAAAUAAGGUUCUGAAAUACCCUACGCAAUUUGCAGAUCUGCAAGAUGAUGGUAUUCUUAGAAGUAAAAAGUAUGUUAACCUGACAGAUAAUGAAGGAGCAAGAACUCGCAGUGCUAUUCCAAACAAACACGGUAUUGUCAAAUUUGAAAUUAAUCGAGUCAUCGGAGACGAUAGGGAGGUCCCAAAGAAAGGAUGGAUACCUCAUGACUUGACGGAAAAGUAUGAAUUGACAGAAACACUAGACGAUGGAAGUUAUAUACGAUUUUGGGUACGAGCUACUGACAUAAUGAAUCAUACUUUAGCAGAUUACACGGAAGUGCACAUUGACAACACACCACCCAGGGUAGCUAAAGAAAACUUAGAAGAAAAUAUUGUAAAUGGAACAUACACGCACACAUCAAGGAUAACUUUUGAGGCGUCAGAUGGCGAUAGCGGUGUACAUCGCAUAGAUUACACGUUAUUUGUCGAAAACCGUACAGAUGAACAAGGAAGCGGAAAAAUUCCAGCAAAUUAUAGAAAAAAUGCAUCUGUAGCUUGCAACACUGAACCCUCUUGUCACUGUGUAAUGGAAACCUGUUUUCUGGUACCUCAGGCGCUGGAUAUUGAUAAUUGCUGGUUUCUCGUGCCAAAGGAAGAUUUGAAUAAAUCUGCAAGAAUCGGCGUCAUAGUCUAUAACCAGGCCCUUCUUUAUCAGGAAUUCUCAGUAAAUAUAAACCGAUUAACAGAUUUAAAUGGUCUGGAGGGAUAUUCUGGUCCGACAAAUAUUCGAGUGGAAAAGAAUCUUGCUUCAGGCGUACGGCUUGUUUGGGAUUUGCCUAAAACUGCAUCCUGCUACGGACGAGCUGAUAUUGAUGUCAUCUUGAUGAAUUCGGAUGGAAGCGUUAGAGUUGUAAAGGUUUAUAACGAAGGAACCUCAAUUGAUCUGGUUGGACUUGAACCGGAUAAAGAGUACAGUAUUUCAUUGAAACUCGGAUAUAAGGGCACAGAAUUAGCUGCACUACCUUAUACAUUUAAAACCGCUCCAAAGGAAAACUAUCUCUCAGGCGGUGUAAUAGCAGGAAUUAUUGCCAGUGUGUUGGUGAUAAUCGGUUUACUCAUCGCAAUAUUUGUAGUACUAUUAAGGAGAGGUCAUAUGAAGCCUGUUCAAAGAGGGUUGAGAGCGGUGUCCGUAAAAUAUCGCAAAUCUGUGGCUGGAGUAAGGUCAAGGGCAAGAAAUAAUGACUAUGCAACAGGGAAUAGUAAUGCCGAGUCAUUGUAUAUGUAUGGGGAGAUGGAUUUCAAAGACAUUCAAAACUGGCAAAUGGGACGAGAUGACGUCAUUUUUGAGAGUUUACUGAAAUCUGGCAAUUUUGCCGAUAUCUAUAAUGCCAAAUUAAGAUCAACAAACACGACAGUAGUCGCAAAAACUCUGAAACAGGAUCAUGCUGAACAAGAUAAGUUUCUGAUGAAGGCGAAGAUCAACUUUAAUUCCAUUGAAGCUGGACAGAAUGAAAAUGUGCUUCGCUUCAUUGGUGCAGUCGUCUCUGAAACCGACAUUGGACCAUUUAUAAUCUACGAAUAUUGUGCGAAUGGACAAAUGCGUGACUACCUGGAGACUAUGAAGAAUAGUCUUACUGUUGAGACACUAGAGCAGCAACUGAGAUUCGGACUUGGUGUGGCACGUGGGAUGGAUUAUCUUGCACAAAGGAAGAUUGUUCACCGCCGUCUAGCUGCCCGCAAUGUUCUGCUUGAUUCUGAUCUUACACCGAAGAUCACUGGAUUCGGUCCCCAACCGGACGAGAAGGGUGACGAUGGAAACGCAAAGAAACGGGAGAGGAUUCCUUUGAAGUGGAUGGCACCUGAGUGUCUGAAGUCUACAACAGGUGCCACAGAAAAAAGUGACGUAUGGUCAUUUGGUGUUGUGCUAUGGGAAAUAUUCUCUUUCGGUGAAAGUCCGUAUGGCAGUAUAAGAGGUCGGGAACUCCCAGCAAAGCUGAAAGGUGGCUAUAGACUACCAAAGCCAGAACAAUGUGAUGACAAAUGGUAUGGUGUUAUGAAGCAAACUUGGUCGGAAGAUCCAAAGAAUAGACCUAGCUUCAAAGAGAUAAGGAAUUCACUAGAUGAGAUAUUUGUGGCAGCACCCACUGACGACUACUAUUACUACAGAAAGUAGACAAACGGUCUAUGUUAUAGGUUUAAAGUAGUAAUUUACAACAAUAGGGUAAAACAAUGAAAGAAAAACUAACUGUUUUGUAAAAAGCAUGGCUAGGUUUCUGUUACUUAGUGUUUCUUUUUUAACUAUUUUAGUAGAAUCAUUUGAUUCGAAUGAUGUGUAAAAUUACGUAUUGAAACUAACAAUGUUUCGGAAAGUUAUAAUGAAUCAUGUUGGACAUACUUAUAUAAAUAGCAUUAUUGUCAGGGUAUCUGAGAAGGCAUGUAUUGUCAACUCUUGAGUUGUAAUAAUGUCAUUACUUUGGUACUGAUUAAUGUCAUGCUCGUUGCAAAUGUUUUCCAUUUAGGCUGCCAGUGCUACUUCUCCAAAAAGUUAGCAAUAUUAUCGCAUUGACCGUAUUCAACAAUAUCUACUAAAAUAUAUUAUACUUAAAAUCAUAAUGCGUACCCUAGAAGCUGACAAUUAACAACACAUGUUUCUUUCUAAAUAUUUGAUUUAUAUGGUAAAUGUUUUGUAUGCAUGACCAGAAAACUAACAUUUUGGGGAAUAUAACUUUUUUUUUUUUUUUUUUUUUUUUAGAAAUUUUGCAUAUUCAUUGAAUUAAGUAAUAACGUUGAAUGAAUUCUCAUGUGCUCUGUAUGGACUGUCUCUUUGAAAUGACAUGAAACUUUUGAUAUUUUGUUUCACGCAUUUUAACAUAACUUGCUUAGCUAAAAAUAAAUUGAAAUUGCAAAGGGUAGAUGCUUUUACUAUAUAUAACAUUGUUAAACAAUAACGUCUUUGCAUAGACUUUAUAUAUAAGUUAUACUUAAAGAACAUUUCGUUAUUGUGAUAUUUAACCAUAGUUUUGCAAGCUUCAAAUGGGUGUGUCCGCGGAAACGAUAUUCAAUCGUGUCGUACAAACAUUAUAAUCUACAUUGUAUUUGUGUUUUCCCACUUAAGAAAAGGACGAGAUCCUAAAAUGAACGAAUGUGAUAUGUUUUCAUUUAGUUUUGAUAAUUAUGUUGCUAUUUAUAUUCCGCUCUAAAAAUGUAAUGGGCUCCGAAAAUAUGCUGCUAGUGAUUUCAAAAAUAUUGACAAUGCACCUUAAGUCUGAGCUUGUGUUUACGAGUUUCUUUUCAUUUUUGCAUUUUCUUCUAUUCAUUUGCAUAUUCGGAUCUGUAUCGUCCUUUCUUUAGGUUAUAAAUAAAUUUGUAAUUAUUGUACCGAGUUGUUAAAUCGUUAGGAUUAGUUAUAUUGUGUCUUUCGUGUCCGCCCAUACUCCAACUGUCGUUUGAAAAUUUUAUGAAUACGAAAUGAUAUUCGAACAUUCGGAGAAAGAAGUCAAAACCGAGAAACUAUCUAUUUCCAGUAAACUGUUUUGAAUUUUGCUGUAAUAUUGUUGUUUUUUUUUCUUUUGCAAAGUACGGUUUAUAAUCAGGUGUUUGAUGAAAGCUUUGUGAAGCGCAAAGUUCCUUCUCAUCUUUUAGAAAUAGAACAGCAAAGACAAACCUGCAUGAUUUUGAGAAAUUGAUCUAUGAUCAAGUUUGACCUGUAAAUCUAAAGACUUCUCACCUUAAACUUUACAAAAAGAGCUGUGAGGGUUUUUUAUUUUAUGUUAAUACAUACAUAGUAUAUUCA